AUGGCUAGUUACAAAAGAACUUAUUCAAAUAUGGAAGAAAUUUUAAAAAUAGUUAUGGAUGAAAGUAGCGAUGAUAUGGACCUUGGUGAAUUAUCAGCCGAUCAAAGCGAACCUGAAACAGAUUGGGAAUACGAAGAGGAAGAUAUAGAGUUUGUGCGAGCUCCUAAUUUACCUUUAUCUAAUGAUUUUCAGAAUAAAAACUGUUCUUCUUUACCAGAAUUUUGUCAAAUAAAUCAUGUUUAUAAAAUCGAUAUCGAUGAGGAGGAGGAAGAAGAAAUUGAACAAAAUAGUAGUGAGGAAACAUACCCUAAUGAGAACAAGGAGACCCUAUUCUCUGAUCAAUUAUUUGAUUCCACCAGAGAAAAUGGUAUAGCAGAACGAAAAAGAGUAAAAGUUCGCGGUGGUAUUCAAAAAAACAGUGUCAAUAAUAAAAAUCGAAUACUUCAAGUUACUAACAGAGGUAAAGAAAAAAAAGGGAAUAACAAUCGAGGUUGUAGAGGAAGGCCAUGGGGUAGAAGAGGACAAUCCAAUGCUAGAGUUUUAAAAAUUAAUCAACAGGGAAUUGAUUUAAUAUCAACAUGGGAACGUGUUAAAAUUGAUAAUACUGCAGAUCCAGUUAUACCUUUUUUUGAACUAGAGGGACUUAGAGUAAGAAUGACGCAUGAAAAUCCUUCUCCUUUAGAUUUUGUUGAACUAUAUCUAACACCUAGUAUUAUUGAACUUAUUGUAAUUGAAACAAAUCGAUAUGCUCAAGAUUUUAUAGAUAAGAACCCGAAUAAAGCAAGUAACGAGUAUGUAGGAAAUUGGGAACCGGUGACUGUUUUAGAAAUAAAGAAGUAUCUUGCUCUUGUUUUGCUUAUGGGAAUUAUUUAUAAACCUGAUAUUCAUAUGUAUUGGUCUACAUCUGAAUUUUUUAGCACUCCAAUAUUCUCAAAAAUUAUGUCACGCACUCGUUUUCAACUGAUUUUGAAGUUUUUACACUUCAACAAUAAUAAUGAUCCAAAUUAUGAUGUAAAUGACGAAAACCGUGAUCGAUUACACAAAGUACGACCAUUAAUUGAACUAAUUAGAGACCGAUGUAAAAAUGUAUUCUGCCCCGGACAAAAUCUUAGUGUCGACGAAUCACUUGUUCUUUUUAAGGGACGGUUGCAUUUUAAGCAAUAUAUUCGUACAAAAAGAGCACGAUUUGGCAUAAAACUAUAUGAAUUGACCACAUCAAGUGGAAUAACACUAGAUUUUUUGGUGUAUUGUGGUAAAGGUAUGUUUUAUGAAGACGGAAAUGAGGAUAUGCCCAGCACUGAGAGAAUACCAGCUGCACUUAUGGAACCUUUUUUAGAUAAAGGACAUAUACUGUUUACAGAUAACUACUACACAAGCCCUUCAUUAGCAACUUUUCUUUUAGGAAGAAACACACACCUUUGUGGGACAGUUAAAUCAAAUAGAAAAAAGUACUGUAAAGAAAUUGCGGAGUUUGCGUUAGAAAAAGGGGAGGCUGUGUUCUAUCGAUCCACAAUUGAUUCACGUGUUAUUGCAUGUAAAUAUCGAGCUGUCAAAAAUAAAUCAGGAAAUAAACAGAAGGUUGUAUAUAUGUUGUCAACUUGCCAUUCAGCAAAAAUGAUUGAAACUGGUAAAACCUAUGCAAAUGACUCUGCAAUAUACAAACCAUCAAUAGUGCGAUCAUAUAACAGUCACAUGGGAGGGGUUGACAGAGUGGAUCAACAGUUACAUAGUUUACGAACAUUGCGUAAAAGUUAUAAGUGGUACAAAAAAUUAGCAUUUAGAAUGAUUUCACAGGUGAUACUAAAUGCACAUAAAGUUUUUCAACACGAAACUGGAAAAUCUAAAAUAACAUUCCUUGAUUUUUUGCAUGAAACUAUUUCAUCUUUAGCACUAAUCAAUCCAGCUAUACCAAACAACCAAAUACUAGAUGAUACAUUAUCUCGUCUUACUGGCAGACAUUUUCCUUCGCUCAAAGUAGCUUCACCAGAUGCAAAAGAUAAAAGACCAACCAAAAGAUGUAGAGUAUGCUAUGCAAAAGGAAAACUAUCAGCUAAAUGUCAACCACUAAAAACUACAUAUGUUUGUCGAUUUUGCCCAUCUGAACCAGGGCUUCACCCAGACACUUGUUUUGAAGCUUACCACACUCAAGUUAAUUAUUUAUUGUAG